AGUCCGUCUGACGCAUUACUUCCCCUUUAAUCUUGGAAUGACAUCAUGAUUAAGGAAGAGGGGAUUGUGGGCCGCGACACAACCCAACGCCAUUUUCACGCAGGCAAGACCGGACAGAGACAGACGCGCCUGGUGCUGUCAGACCUGACAACAACAACUUCAGAAGAAACUCACUGCGUGUGCGCCCAGCCGUGACCAUGUAAAGCAAACGAAUGAUGUCCACGCCUAACCAGUCUGUUUCACAGUCUUGAAAAGCUACCUAGUUAGCUGUUUCGCUGUCAGCAGGUAACGUUAUCGGUAACUAGGUAACAUUAGCAACAGCUAAUUCCGUGACCAAGCUAGCUAGCUAUCAAUCCCAUACAAACCAUAGCAUUCGGCUCAAGUGCUUCCUUCCGGAGUCCGGAGGAUAGGAGGGCAUCAGCCAUUCUCGUUUAAGCCGGUUAGUCGGCAUAAAAUCAUCACGGGCACGACGCUGAGGUGGAACUUUGAGAUUUUCUGUACUGCGUGACGGGAGUCUGGAACCAAGCCGAGUAACGCGCCCUGUCAAAAAGUCGGGCAUCUGGAUGUCCUGCAGAACGGAUGCGUGAGGACAUGUCGAGUGCGGUGUGUGUGUCGGAGGGAGGGGUGGUGGUGUGUGUGGGCGACGGAGAGGCGCAGGAGGAGCGCGUGGCGCAGGAGGAGCUGGUGUGUCGCACGCGGGAGGUGGUGCAGGGGCUGGAGGCGCUGCGGGCGGAGCACCAGUCCAUCCUGGAGGGCCUCGUGGACACACACACACACACGCUCUCACACACGCUCACACACUCGCUCACACACUCGCUGGAGCGCCUCAAGCACUCGCCCGACGCCAGGGCCUCCCACGACAAGAGCACCUUCAUACACAAGUCCCUGGAGAUGCUGGAGCUGGGACUCAGUGAAGCACAGGUGAUGCUGGCGCUGUCGGGGCACCUGAGUGCGGUGGAGGCGGAGAAGCAGAAGCUGCGGGCGCAGGUGCGUCGGCUGUGCCAGGAGAACCAGUGGCUGCGGGACGAGCUGGCCAACACGCAGCAGAAGCUCCAGCGCAGCGAGCAGAGCGUGGCACAGCUGGACGAGGAGAAGAAACACCUGGAGUUCAUGAACCAGCUCAAGAAAUACGACCAGGACCUCAGCCCCACGGAUGACAAGGACUCGGACUCGGGCAGGGAGACUCUGGAUGACCUGUUUCCUGAUGACCAGGAUGAGCCUGGACCUGGCAUCCAGGCGCCCCACAGCAGUGCAGCAGCGGUGGCUGCCCAGCAGGGGGGGUAUGAGAUCCCUGCGCGGCUGCGGACGCUGCACAACCUGGUGAUCCAGUACGCCUCGCAGGGCCGCUACGAGGUGGCCGUGCCGCUGUGCAAGCAGGCGCUGGAGGACCUGGAGAAGACCUCCGGCCACGACCACCCCGACGUGGCCACCAUGCUCAACAUCCUGGCCCUCGUCUACAGGGACCAGAACAAGUACAAAGAGGCAGCCAACCUGCUGAACGACGCACUGGCCAUCAGAGAGAAGACACUGGGCAGGGACCACCCUGCGGUGGCGGCUACACUGAAUAACUUGGCUGUCCUCUAUGGGAAGAGAGGGAAGUAUAAGGAGGCGGAGCCUCUGUGCAAACGCGCCCUGGAGAUCAGAGAGAAGGUGCUGGGUAAAGACCACCCUGACGUGGCGAAGCAGUUGAACAACCUGGCGCUGCUGUGUCAGAACCAGGGCAAGUACGAUGAGGUGGAGUACUACUACCAGCGGGCCCUCGACAUCUACCAGAGCCGUCUGGGGCCCGACGACCCCAACGUGGCCAAGACCAAGAACAACCUGGCAUCAUGUUAUCUGAAGCAGGGCAAGUUUAAGCAGGCAGAGACUCUCUAUAAAGAGAUCCUGACCAGAGCGCACGAGAGAGAGUUCGGCUCCGUGGACGAUGAGAAUAAGCCCAUCUGGAUGCAUGCAGAGGAGAGAGAGGAGCAGAGUAAGUGGAAACAGAAAGAAGGAUCUCCCUUUGGGGAGUACGGAGGAUGGUACAAGGCCUGCAAGGUGGACAGCCCUACGGUGACGACCACGCUGAAGAACCUGGGCGCUCUGUACCGGCGGCAGGGCAAGUUUGAGGCGGCCGAGACCCUGGAGGAGGCGGCCACGCGCUCACGCAAGCAGGGUCUGGACUCGGCCCAUAAGCAGCGUGUGGCGGAGGUUCUGAGCGACCCGGAGGCCCGUGAGAAGCAGAGCAGUCGAGAGAGUCUGACCUCCGACACGGUGAAGUACGAGAGCGGCCCGGACGGGGGCGAGGAAGUGAGUAUGAGCGUCGAGUGGAACGGGGACGGCUCUGGCUCUCUGAAACGGAGCGGCUCCUUCAGUAAGCUCCGGGCCUCCAUACGGCGCAGCAGUGAGAAGCUCGUGCGCAAACUCAAGGGUGGGGGCAACCGUGACAACGAGCCCAAGAACCCCGGCAUGAAGAGGGCCAGCUCUCUGGGGGUUCUCAACGUCCCCGACAAACCUGUGGGAGAGGCUUUCAAAGAGCGAAAUCAUCGUCUGAGGAAGACUCGUGACCUGAGUGCCAGUCACACAGACCUGGCGCGCUGACGGACCGACCGACGCCUCUCUGGGGGUGGAGCCACCAGCUGCCCCGCCCCAUCUCUGACCUGAUGCCAUGCCCCGCCCCCUCCCCCAACACCACUGUGCUCCUCCUGUUAGAGGAAACCGUCACAGUGGCUUCCUGUCGACCAACCAGAACAGCACUGAAGACACACUGGUCUCAUGUGGACUGACUGUGACACACACACACACACACACACACACCCACAUGCGUAUACACACAUCUCACACCCCCGCUCCUGUCAACACGUUUACUGUCCCUCACUAUACCCUGUUCUGUCUCACACACACACACACACACACACACACCCACAUGCGUAUACACACAUCUCACACACAUGCGUAUACACACAUCCACACACACACACACACACACACACACCCACAUGCGUAUACACAAACCCCUAUGUACACAGCUGCUGCGCUUUUAAACACUUCUCA